CAAAUGGGGUUGAACCGGAAUUCCAACAAAAAUUUGACAUUAUUGUAGGAGCAGAUAUUGUUUAUGAAGUUGCACAUGCCAAUUGGAUACCGAAAGUAAUUAAAAAAUUCAUGAAUAAAGGCGGAACUUUUUAUUUAAUGAUUCCGCUUCGUCCGACUCAUACUUUAGAAGUAGAAUUGUUUGAACGAUGUAUGGAGGAACAAGGAUUCAUUUUACAAUAUCGCCAGGAUCAACAAGGAUUGGACGACUUUAGUGGC